AUGGCGUUUAGAGGUACUUCCGACAAACUUUAUACGCCAAAUAAUGGAAAGUUCUUGGGUUUAGUACAACUACUAGCCAAAUUUGAUCCAGUUAUGGAGGAGCACUUGCGAUUAGCUGUAAAGGGUGAUGUUUCUGAUCACUACUGCGGAAAAGACAUUCAAAAUGAAUUAAUAGAGCUGAUGGGUGAAAAAGCGAAGUCAGAAAUCAUAUCACGUGCAAAGAAAUCGAAAUAUUAUUCUAUUAUAGCUGACUGUACUCCGGACAUUAGUCAUGUAGAACAGCUUUCACUGACAAUACGAUUUGUUGAUUUAUCAUCAGAUGUCGAUAAAAUAUCAGUAAAAGAGCAUUUCAUAGAAUUUUUACCUGUUAAUGAGUCGACUGGUGAAAGGCUGACUGAAGUUAUUAUUGAUAUUUUAAAUAAAUACGGACUGGAAUUGAACGACUGUAGAG